AUGGCUGACUCGGACUCGUCCCUAUCGUCUGCGCCCCCAACCGAUGACGAGAUGGAGGUUGAGGUCCCAGAAGCGACGACAAAGAAGGCGACACCGCAGAAAAAGAAGAAGAACGGCACUAUCUUGACCUUUUUCAAGCAACGCUCACCGUCGCCGCCCCCAAGAAAAAGGGCAGCGUCACCGCCACAUGAGCCUGUUCCGGAGGAUAAUCCAGACAUUGCUUUUAUUGUAAUGUUCCGGUCACGAUUCAACGAAGCAUUCCCACGCGGUUCUCCUCAUGUUGGGCCCCAAGACAUCGAGCUGGGUGUCGCAGAAGACACGCCGUCGGCCGAUGUUGAGGGCUUGCUAUGCGCCCUGCUCGGACUUGUCCUCAAUCGCAAGAAACCUGUCGAAAAGGGUCACUAUGGUCGCGCUCUCGAAGAGGCCAUCCAAACCCAGAAAUCACAAUGGCCAAGUAAAUGGACGGGCAACCCCCUCAGUGGUGGUCGCAACUUCAACACCAUGACGGCAGAAGAACGAAUUACCCUCCUCCAUUCCCUUUGCCUCUGGAGCCUGAACCAGAACGAGCAAAUCAAAGCCAUCAUCAGUAACGCAUACAAGUCUCGAUCUACCAAGGACAAACUAGACACAAAUAUACCCUUGUCGGUGCAAGCUUGGGGUCGCGACGGCGACAAGCGUCGGUACUAUCUAGUCGAAGGCCAAAAUGAUACCCACUUCCGCAUCUACCGUGAAAGCGACCCGAAGCUGAAGAAGGUGCAAUGGAUCAGUGUUGCUGGGUCGAUUGAGGAAUUGAGAGUGCUUGCCAAGAAGCUGGAAGAGGAGGAUGGGCACAAGGAAGCUAGGGCACUGGGCGAGCGCAUGCUAAACGCUAUCCCACGCUUCGAGGCCUCAGAAAACAAACGCAAGCGUCGCGAAUACACGCGCCAGCGCAAGGAUGCUUUCACACGCCCCGAACCCGGCUUCGCCCCAUACGAAAUGCGCACCCGUGGCAAGCGCCAGCGAUACACGUACGAUGAAGAGGAUGAUUUCGACUCGGAUAACCUCUCUGUCCGACGAUCGGGGCGACAGUCAGCUCGCGACACACCGGCCGCACCCUCAGGUCCUACCGUCACCGCCAGCGGCCGACAAGUCCGGUCUCGCGCAACCGGCCUCUAUGGCGAGAUACUGCACAGUGGACAAGUCACCGACCACGGGUCGUCUGUAAACGGAGACUAUGUACGCUCAGACAUGUCCGAGGAGCCACAGCUCGGCCACGGUCGAGCAACACGCGCUGCCAACAGAGGCACCACGAACGGCCGUGUGUUGGAACGAAGACUCGACUCGGACGACGAGGACGCCACAUCUUGGGAUGGUGGAGACGAUGACGAGGAAGAAGUGGACCAGAUGGAGCUGGACGACGAUGAUCAGGACGCAGCUGGUGAUUCGUCAGAGGACGAAGACGAACAACAUUCCCUCAUCGUCACUCUACACUAUCGCAAAGGCGCAUCUGAUGCACCUGCAGCCCCUCAAGGCGAAGACACGGUCAUGACAAAUGGCAUCGACGAUGAGAUUGCCGCACAAAAGAAAGCGCUUCUCGAGCCAUCAACAGCAACAGCCGCCGUAGUCCCCAACGGCCUCCCUGAGUCGUCGGAACAAGUGUCUGUCACAGCUGCUGGCCACCAAGCACUUUGUAAUAAUACAGAUGCGCUACCCAAACUAGACGGGUUCUUUUCUGCUCCCACACCACCAUACAGCGCUCCGGACGAGGCCCCAAAGCCCCAACAGCAGCAACCCACGGAUAUCUCUCCCGCCAGCAUCAGCGCUCCCACACAACAACCUGUGUCUACACCUACUGCUAGCUGGCAGUAA